AUGUCUCAGAUUAUUGCACCCUUAGACGAACUCAGGAAGAAAGGAGUCAAAUGGAAAUGGGGCAAAGAACAACAGAAAUCUUGGGAGAAACUGAGAAACAUGUUAAGUUCGGAGACAGUUCUGACUUUGUACAAUCCUAAUCUACCGCUAAAGCUAGAUACAGACGCAUCAUCACAUGGAUUAGGCGCUAUUUUGUCGCAUGUAAUGCCUGACGGAACUGAAAGACCUGUUGAGUACAUCUCACGCACCUUGACAUCUGCAGAAAAGAACUACUCACAGAUCGACAAGGAAGCUACAGCAAUUGUCUGGGGAGUCAAGCGUUUUCACCUCUACCUGUACGGGAGGAAGUUUAAGGUAGUCACUGAUAACCAACCGCUAGUCCACAUAUUCAAUAAGAACAAACAGUUAUCGGUCAUGACAGCAGCAAGACUAACCAGAUGGUCGAUAUUCCUUAUGGAUUACGAUUACGAAAUAGCAUAUCGUUCGACCAAAGCCCAUGGUAAUGCAGACAUGCUAUCAAGAUUACCAGUUCCACACACUAAACAGGACGAAGAAGAAGCUAAGGAAGAGCUAGUCUUCAGUGUGGACAUUGAAGAUACCUGUUUAACUGCUAAGAAGAUCGAGAGUUACACCAAGAAAGACCCGAUUUUGUCAAAAGUGUUACACUACAUCAUGAAUGGAUGGCCGGACAAAGGCAUACAAUUCAGUGAAGAGAUGACAGCUUACUGGAACAGAAGAAGUGAAUUAUCUAUGGAGCUAGGAUGUAUAACGUGGGGUUGCAGAGUCAUUAUUCCCAGCAAACUACGAUCGACAGUGUUGGAGAUGCUACAUGUCACACACCUUGGGAUGAGUGGAAUGAAGACUCUGACUCGUUCUUACGUGUACUGGCCACGGAUUAACUCAGAGAUUGAACAGUUAGCCAGCACAUGUAAAAGUUGUGGUAAACAUGGGGAGAGUUUACCAAGUCUCACUGAACAUCCGUGGACCAAACCCACUAUGCCUUGGCAGCGCGUACACAUUGACUACGCAGGCCCAUUCUUCAACAAAAUGUGGUUAGUUGUCUAUGAUGCUUACACAAGAUGGCCAGAAGUGAUAAAGAUGAACAAAGACACCACUUCAGCAGCUACUAUCAGAGCACUACGAGAGAUAUUUAGUAGAAACGGACUGCCAUUCGUCAUAGUAAGCGACAAUGGAACCAACGAUGUUUAA